UUGUGUACAUUCUGUUGUUUCGCGUUACAAAAUCUGUCAAGCUUCAAUAAUAAGCUUAAAUUACUUUGCUAUGGUCUUAUAACCGUAUAAAAGUUAACUUAGCGAUUAGUUUUAGUUUUAGCGUUUCAUUUGCGUUUUGUUAUGUAGAUGACCUUUGUGAUAUUUUCUCAUUAAUAGUCAGGCUUCAGAAGAAUUUUCGUUUCCCUUGUGUGAAUAUAUUUUAUAAUGCUCAUUUAAUUGAGCAUUGUUUAAUUGCGCUGUAAGGGGAACAUAUCAAGAGUCGUCAAUGAGAAGCGGGGCGUUAGCUGCGAUGGAGGCGGAGCCCGACCUCAGCACCUUCGAGAACAAGUCAGGCUUGGCUGAGGACAUGAAGUUCCUCGCCUCCAUGCCUGAAUUGUGUGACGUCACAUUCCUCGUGGGAGACACGCGAGAGCCAGUAUGCGCGGUUAAAGCCGUACUGGCUGCUCGUAGCAGGGUAUUCCAAAAGAUGCUUUACCAAGCCCCGAGUCCCCAAAGAAAGAAGGAGCCCGCACCUCGUGAGAACAAGCUUCGCCUAUUUCUGAAACGUUCGUCCGAGCCCUUGCUCAAUCUACAAAAUGCCGCUCAACAGAGAUCGACUUUCGCGCAGCAAUUGGCACCGAUACAAGAGCCGUCUUCGCAACAACAUCAGACUCUGAUCAUCGAAGAAUUUGAACCGGACGUGUUCCGUCAACUGAUCGAGUACAUCCAUACUGGUUGUGUAACCCUUCAGCCAAGAACAUUGCUGGGUGUGAUGAACGCAGCGGACUACUAUGGUCUCGAUGAACUCCGCCGCGCAUGCGCCGGCUUUGUGCAAUGCUGCAUCACUGUUGACACCGUCUGCGCACUUCUAGCAUCAGCUGAGCGGUACAUUCAGUACAAGUGCACUAAAUCUUUAGUUCAGAAGGUGUUGGAAUUUGUCGACGAGCAUGGCAACGAAGUGCUAAACUUGGGAUCAUUCACUUUGUUACCACAACACGUCGUAAGGCUAAUUCUAGCGAGAGACGAGCUUAGAGCUGACGAGUUUACUAAAUUUCAGGCAGCACUGAUGUGGAGCAAAAAAUACUGCGACACCAACCCUAACAUGUCACUUAAGGAUGUCAUCGGUAACUUUUUGGAGUACAUUCAGUUCCACAAGAUCCCUGCCAAUGUUCUAAUGAGAGAAGUUCACCCACUAGGCUUGGUUCCGUACUCCAUCAUCAUGAACGCUCUAGCGUAUCAGGCAGACCCGGCCAGCAUAGAUCCAGGAAAGCUGUCCCCGGCUCGAGUGCGCCGCGCUGGUCGUUCUAUGUCCGUGCAAUCUUCACUCGACCCCUAUGGGUCCAACACAACCCUCUCCUCCACCGGCUCGAGCGAUGUUCCGUCUUCGGACUCUCGGCACAACUAACGCGAGGGGAACUUCCCC